GGCGGGCGGGGCGACCCAACACUGCGGCCUUGUCCCACCUGGCGGCCCUAGGCAGCACAGGCUCCGGGCCAGCGAGGAGCCGCGCCCCGGCGGCAGUCCCACCCCGCCCGCAACCUCGGAGUGGGGCGCUCGCCAGCACCCCCUUCUCUUCCCCUGGAGAACCGGAGCCCCACUCUACACUCCCGCCUCUCCCUGGCUCUGCCCUCUGGAGCCUCUGCCGCCCACCUGCGGUCCCGCCCCAACUUCAGGGCCGCGGCUGCCCUCAGCCCCCCUGCUCCUCCCUUCCCCUGGCUCCCCGUCCCUCCGUUUCCCCCUCCACUGCCCUCUGUACCUUCUAGGGCUGCCCCUGGCCGUCGUCCCCUUUACUCGAAGACCUCCGUGUUCUCAGUCUCGCCAUCCCCUUCUUUGUCCCCCAGGCCCUCCACCUCUCUGUCCCUCCGUCUCCACCCAGCUCUGAGUCCCGCGGAGAGUUUCCACACCUUCUUCCCCUCCUGACAAUCUCCCCAGCUCUCAUUUUCUCUCUAUCCCUCAGUCUCCGUCUUCCAUCCCGCCCCUCCAUCCCUGCGUCUCCCCUUACCCACCUGGUCCCGCCGCUGAGCCCUCCUAUCCCCCCUUCUCCACUUCUCUCCACCCGGCCUUUCCACGCCCUUCCCCGGCCCCCGCCCUCGGGGCUCCCAGCCUCAGUUUCCUUCCCGUCCCGACUCCUUCCCCUGCCGGCCGCCCUUCCUUGAGGGCGGAUGUGCGUCGGGAAAGCGAAGGCGGCGGCGGGCGGAGAGGGUCCCAGCUCGGCCACGCAGGCCUCCGGCCACGGCUAUGCGACGCCUGGGGCGAGGGUCCGGCUGGCCCCACCGGCCACAGGAGCCGUGGAGCCCCAGGACCAUGGACGCUCUUAACAGGAACCAGGGAGUCUCCGGAUGCAAGACCCAAGCAAUGAUAAAGAAGGGGCCCUUGGACUUGAUUGAGACAGGCAAGGGGCUGAAAGUGCAGACGGACAAACCACAUCUGGUGAGCCUGGGCAGUGGGCGGCUCAGCACGGCCAUCACCCUUCUGCCUCUGGAGGAAGGGAAGACGGUGAUUGGCUCCGCGGCCAGGGACAUCUCCCUGCAGGGUCCCGGGCUGGCCCCAGAGCACUGCUACAUCGAGAAUGUGCGGGGCACCCUCACCCUCCACCCUUGUGGCAACAUCUGCAGUAUCGAUGGGCUCCCUGUCCGGCAGCCCACCCGGCUCACUCAGGGCUGUAUGUUGUGCCUGGGCCAGUCCACCUUCCUCCGCUUUAACCACCCAGCCGAAGCCAAGUGGAUGAGGAGCAUGAUUCCGGCAGGGGGCCGGGCCCCAGGGCCCCCCUACAGUCCUGGCUCAGCAGAGUCCGAAAGCCUGGUGAAUGGGAACCACGCCCCACAGCCUGCAACCCGGGGACCCUCCGCCUGUGCCAGCCACAGUUCGCUGGUGAGCUCUAUUGAGAAGGACCUGCAGGAGAUCAUGGAUUCACUGGUGCUAGAGGAGCCUGGAGCUGCUGGCAAGAAGCCUGCUGCGACUUCCCCACUGUCGCCCAUGGCUAAUGGUGGGCGCUACUUGCUGUCCCCCCCAACCAGCCCUGGUGCCAUGUCUGUGGGCUCCAGCUAUGAGAACACCUCUCCAGCCUUCUCUCCACUCUCCUCACCGGCCAGCAGUGGAAGCUGCGCCAGCCACUCACCCAGCGGGCAGGAGCCAGCACCUUCCAUGCCCCCGCUGGUUCCCGCCCGUUCCUCCAGCUACCAUCUGGCCCUGCAGCCCCCACAGUCCCGGCCGAGUGGUGCCCGCGCCUCUGAGAGCCCCCGGUUGGGCAGGAAGGGGAGUCAUGAGAGGCCUCCGAGUCCUGGCCUCCGAGGUCUGCUGACAGACAGCCCUGCAGCCACUGUCUUGGCAGAGGCCCGCAGAGCCACCGAGAGCCCCCGGCUGGGAGGACAGCUGCCCGUGGUGGCCAUCAGCCUGAGUGAGUACCCGGCUUCCGGUGCCCGAAGCCAACCCACCAGCAUUCCUGGCAGCCCCAAGUUCCAGCCUCCAGUCCCUGCUCCCCGAAACAAGAUUGGCACACUCCAGGACCGCCCUCCCAGCCCUUUCCGUGAGCUGCCGGGCACCGAUCGGGUGUUGACGACCAGCCCCUCGCGCCAGCUGGUGGGCCGAACCUUUUCCGACGGGUCAGCCGCCCGCACCCUGCAGCCUCCCGAGAGUCCCCGCCUGGGCCGGCGCGGCCUGGACAGUAUGCGAGAGCUCCCUCCGCUGAGCCCCUCUCUGUCCCGACGGGCACUCUCCCCCAUGCCCACCAGGACGGCUCCAGAUCCCAAGCUCCCCCGAGAAGUAGCAGACAGCCCCCGGCCCCGGCGCUGGGCCGCCCACGGGGCCUCGCCGGAGGACUUCUCACUGACCCUGGGGGCUCGGGGCCGGAGGACACGGAGCCCCUCACCCACACUUGGGGAGUCCCUGGCACCCCGCAAGGGCAGCUUCAGCGGCAGGCUGAGCCCAGCCUACAGUCUGGGCUCUCUGACAGGGGCCUCGCCCCGCCAGAGCCCCCGCGCCCAGAGGAAGCUGUCCAGUGGGGACUUGCGGGUGCCUGUCACUCGGGAGCGGAAAAAUAGCAUCACGGAGAUCAGUGACAAUGAGGACGACCUCCUGGAGUACCACCGGCGCCAGCGCCAAGAACGGCUCUGGGAGCAGGAGAUGGAGAGGCUGGAACGCCAGCGCCUGGAGACCAUCCUGAACCUGUGUGCCGAGUACAGCCGGGCCGAUGCGGGGCCUGAGGCUGGGGAGCUGCCCAGCAUUGGGGAAGCCACUGCAGCAUUGGCGCUGGCAGGCCGGAGGCCCUCCCGGGGCCUUUCAGGGGCCACUGGGAGGAAUGCCGAGGAGCCUGGAGUGGCCACCCAGCGCCUGUGGGAGUGUGUGGAGCGGUCAGACGAGGAGAACCUCAAGGAGGAGUGUAGCAGCACGGAGAGCACCCAGCAGGAGCAUGAAGAUGCCCCUGGCACGAAGCUCCAGGGGGAGGUGCUGGCCCUGGAAGAGGAGCGGGCCCAGGUGCUGGGGCGCGUGGAGCAGCUCAAGGUCCGCGUGAAGGAGCUGGAGCAGCAGCUGCAGGAGUCGGCCCGAGAGGCCGAAAUGGAGCGAGCAUUGCUGCAGGGGGAGAGGGAGGCGGAGCGGGCGCUGCUGCAGAAGGAGCAGAAGGCAAUGGACCAGCUGCAGGAGAAGUUGGUGACGUUGGAGACCGGCAUCCAGAAGGAGAGGGACAAGGAGAGGGCGGAGCUGGCCGCGGGACGGAGGCACCUGGAGGCCCGCCAGGCGCUCUACGCCGAGCUCCAGACGCAGGUCGAUAACUGCCCCGAGUCAGUGCGGGAACAGUUACAGGAGCAGCUGAGAAGGGAGGCCGAGGCCCUGGAGACGGAGACAAAACUGUUUGAGGACUUGGAGUUCCAGCAGCUGGAGCGGGAGAGCCGAGUGGAGGAGGAGCGGGAGCUGGCGGGCCAGGGGCUGCUCAGGAGCCAGGCCGAGCUUCUCUGCAGCAUCACCAAGAGGAAGGAGCGUCUGGCAGUCCUGGACAACCAGGCGGGCCAGAUCCGGGCCCAGGCCGUGCAGGAGUCCGAGCGCCUGGCGCGGGACAAGAACGCCUCUCUGCAGCUGCUGCAGAAGGAGAAGGAAAGACUGACUGUGUUGGAGGGGAGAUACCACUCGCUCACAGGAGGCAGGCCCUUCCCGAAGACCACGUCCACUCUCAAAGAGGCUGAACUGCUCAUCUCCGCGGCCUCAGAGAUGGGGCCUGGGUCUGCGACUCUGGUCCCUUUCCCAGGGUCGUCAGAGCCUGCGGCCUCCUCUGUCCCCCUAACCCCACCUGCUUCCAUUCAGCUCUGCCCCAGAGCACAAGAGUACGUGACGCUUGAGCAGCUAAAGGCGAUGUGGGGCUCCUCGCCCGUGCCCACAGCCCCUGCGCCAGGCCUGCCUUUCUGGGUCUCUGCCUCCCGGGACCUGGUUCCCACCACCUGCCUUCCUCCCGUGCUGCCCUCUUCCUCCUCCGCUUCUCUCACGCCUUCACCCAAGAUGGAGGAGCUGCUGCCCCCUGCUGUAGACUUAGAGCAGUGGUACCAGGAGCUGAUGGCCGGGCUGGGGACUGGCCCCGCUGCAGCCUCCCCGCGCUCCUCUCCCCCGCCUCUGCCCGCCAAAGCUUCCCGGCAGCUGCAGGUUUACCGCUCCAAGAUGGAUGGUGAGGCCACCAGCCCCUUGCCCCGGACCCGCAGUGGCCCCCUCCCCUCUUCCUCUGGCUCUUCUUCUUCUUCCUCCCAGCUCAGCGUGGCUACCCUGGGCCGGAGCCCCUCUCCAAAGAGUGCUCUACUCGCCCAGAAUGGGACAGGCAGCCUUCCUCGAAACCUGGCGGCCACGCUGCAGGACAUCGAGACCAAGCGCCAGCUUGCCCUGCAGCAGAAGGGCGAGUCGCUUCCUGCCGAGCCCCCCCCAGCCGACAGCCCAGCAGGACAGCAGGUGAUUGAGGAGCAGCGGCGGCGCCUGGCAGAGCUGAAGCAGAAGGCGGCGGCCGAGGCCCAGUGCCAGUGGGACGCCCUGCACGGGGCGGCCCCCUUCCCGCCAGGCCCCUCCGGCUUCCCCCCGCUCAUGCACCACUCCAUCCUGCACCACCUGCCAGCCGGCCGGGAGCGCGGGGAGGACGGCGAGCACGCCUACGACACGCUGAGCCUGGAGAGCUCGGACAGCAUGGAGACCAGCAUCUCCACGGGUGGCAACUCAGCCUGCUCGCCUGACACCAUGUCCAGCGCCAGCGGCCUGGACGUGGCCAAGAUCGAGGAGAUGGAGAAGAUGCUAAAGGAGGCGCAUGCCGAGAAGAGCCGGCUCAUGGAGUCCAGGGAGCGGGAGAUGGAGCUCCGGAGGCAGGCCCUCGAGGAGGAGCGGAGGCGGCGUGAGCAGGUGGAACGGAGGCUGCAGAGCGAGAGCGCUAGGAGGCAGCAGCUGGUGGAGAAGGAGGUCAAGAUGAGGGAGAAACAGUUUUCCCAGGCCCGGCCCCUGACCCGCUACCUGCCGAUCCGGAAGGAGGACUUUGACCUGAAGACCCACAUCGAGUCCUCGGGCCACGGCGUCGACACCUGUCUGCACGUGGUGCUCAGCAGCAAGGUCUGCCGCGGCUACUUGGUCAAGAUGGGCGGCAAGAUUAAAUCGUGGAAGAAGCGCUGGUUUGUCUUCGACCGGCUCAAGCGCACCCUUUCCUAUUACGUGGACAAGCACGAGACGAAGCUGAAGGGGGUCAUCUACUUCCAGGCCAUCGAGGAAGUGUACUAUGACCACCUGCGCAGUGCAGCCAAGAAGAGGUUUUUCAGCUUCACUGUGGUGACUGAGAGCCCGAACCCAGCCCUCACCUUCUGUGUGAAGACCCACGACCGGCUGUACUACAUGGUGGCGCCGUCAGCGGAGGCCAUGCGCAUCUGGAUGGAUGUCAUCGUCACCGGAGCCGAGGGCUACACACAGUUCAUGAACUGACCGUACCGGUCCCGGCGUGGGCCUGCUGCACUGCCCGGGAGACAGAGUCGCACUCUGGGCCCCAGGCCGCGCGGCAGUGCUCCCAGAGGCCCUGGGAGGGCUCUUGUACAAGACUUCGUACCUUUCUGUAAGGAGCUGGUCCUGGGAAUGUCCGCGCUCAGGGCCCCUGAAGAACCCGCCAGCAGAUAAGUGGGGAGGCUACUGGGGACUCAGAACUGGCAAGAACCCUUCACGGUCCGGCCCCAGGGCUGCCAGGGCUGAGCAGCUGGCAGAGCAGGCCCAGCUCUGACCUGGCACCAGCGCUCCCCUAGCCUAAGUUCUCCUUCGCAAAGGACAAAUUAUGGUACCAGAAUCUGCCAAAGAUCCCUCCUUGCCUCCGCCCCCCUCCCCUUUGCAGGGGCUUUGGGGGCUGAGGACAGCCACAUCCGGAGUGGGGUAACAGCUCAGGCGGUGUACUUCUCAAACCCCGCUCUACCCUGCUCUCCUGCAUUUUUGUUAUUACUUUGUUCAAGGGCCAGAGACCUCAAGUGUCAUCCUUGAGGUCCCAACCCCGUCCCCUUUUUGCAGACCCCAAACCCUGAUCUCCACAGUGACUGCUUCGUCGCCAUGGUUACAUACAUGCUCAUGGCCCCGGCUCUGUGGCUCUGCCCAUGCUUCAGCCGUGGGCCCAUCUGAGGGUACGUACUGCCAUCUCUCCAGCCCAGGACCUUGUGCAUCUCAUGCUGGGGCGGGGGGAAGGACCAAUCCCCGCCCCGGCCAUCCCCUGCCUGUGGCUCCAGGCCCCGGUGUGCAGCCUUCUGGCCCCCCAGUCCAGCCCUCUCCCUUCCACUCGUGCCUUGCUUAGAGCCAGAAGGGACGAAGCUCGGACAUCCAGACUGGAGGAGGAGGGAGGCAGAUGGGAGAGGCGGCUAGAUGGAUUGCACAGGCUGAGUUCCUAAUAGGGCUGGAGGGCUGCUCAGACACCCCCAAGGGGAACCUGAGCAAGAGAGGAGGAGGCAGAGUGAGAGGACCCUGAGGUCUGGCUGCCCUCCCUUCAGCCUUGGAAGGGUGACAGAAAUGGAGAGCAGAGGACCAGGCCACCAGCUAUCUGGCCUCGGCCCUUCACGCCUUAACACUAAGCCCACCUCCCUGCCCACCACUGGGCCAUGGCUGCUGGGCCCCGGGCUGGGUGAUGGUCAGUAUUUGUAAGCAUCUCAACAGAAUAAUAAACCAUUUGGAUUAUG